UCAUUUCCAAAGGGGAGAGAGAGCACUUCAACCGGAAAAGAAAAAAAAAAAUGGACGCCGCCAAACUGCCGCCGGAGGUGUUCGCUGAAAUACUUUACCGUCUUACAGCCAAGGAUCUCCUCCGUUGCCGGCUUGUAAACAAGCAGUGGCUUUCCUUGAUAGACGAUAGGAGCUUCAUCGACAAACACCUUCGGUACAUAACCGGGUUGGCCGGCGCCGAGUACCACAACAUCGUCAUCCUCCGAUCAAAUCAGAAGCUCCACUCCAUGGAAAUGGAGCCGCCCUACAGAGUGAGGGAGCUCCAGCCCCCUCCGAUGAGAUCCGACUCUGAAAUCAAGCUGGUGGGCUCCUGCAACGGCCUGCUCUGCCUCUUGAGCUCCUCCGAGGAUUUCAUCGUUUGGAACCCAUCGACGAAUGAUCACGCCCGCCUGCCCAUUGUUCCCUUCGGCAAAACCUCCAUAACUAUAGAUGGCAUCACUGCGAUCCGCUCGGUGCAUUUCGCCAUAUUCGGGUUUGGUUACGACUCCUUCACUGAAGAUUACAAGGUAGUCGUGAUCGAACCGGUGCUCAAGCAACAAUACCAAGAUAUUUGGCUCUACAGUUUGCAAAGGAACUCGUGGAGGAGGACUGGUGACGAUCAACACCAGGUUUUUCUUCAUCGUCCGAGCAGGAUGGGAGUUUAUGUUAGCAAUACCCUGCAUUGGGUGAUGAUCCGGAACUCGGAUUCUAAUGACACCCAAGUGAUCCUCGCCUUAGAUCUUAGGAGCGAGGAUUAUAAGGAGGUGCCAUUGCCUUUAUGUUUAGAUAACAGAUUCGGGAUGGACGUGACUGUUCUCGGGGGAUGCCUCGGAAUGGUGGUGAACUCUCCCCACAACAAGGUCUCUGAUGUUUGGGUUAUGAGAGAGUACGGGUCGAGGGAGUCUUGGUUGAAGCUCUUCUCUGUUCCAUAUCAAACAGCAGAUGUCUUUCCAUUUCAAACAGGAUUCGAGGACCUCUAUUACCUGCACCGUUCAUACCCAGCUGGCCAACUUCUGGUGGAAGGCGCGAACAAGAAAUUUCAUUGGCUUGACGCAAAAAGUCGAAGCCUCAGGACUUUCAAGAUCAGCCCCCCCACUCUCAAGGAGUACUUCAGUGGAGAAUCUGAGCCCUUUAUUGCAGAAGUGUGCGCGGGGAGUUUGGUUCGGGUAGAUGCUUGUGGUGGAACUCAAAGUGUUGCAAUGGCAGCAGCAGCAACCACCUAGAAACUGACAGGUAAUCCUUAAAUGUGAAGGAACGGAAAGCUUUGUGAUGUCAACAACUGCCAUUUACUGUGGGUGGAAGUUCUUCUGUGUUUGUGUUUGUGUUUGUUUCUUUGAGAUCUUCUCAUCAACCAGUUCGUGAGAGUAUCGCCCAUUUCAAUGAUAAUAUUCAGCAUUAGUUCACGAGCAUGAACUCUAAAUUGUGAUCCAUUGUGUAUGAAGUUGUCGAUCUCACCUUCGUCUCUGA